AUGCACCUCUGCCAUUCGCGUUCAGUUUCCCACGCGCCGCCCCAACCGUCACCCUGCCUCCAAACCCCUCACCCCGCCCUCUCUCCCCUCCCCGCCUUCCCCUCUCCCCAUGCCCCUGUUCGUCCCGCUCCCACAGUUCGCGUCGCGCCUCUUUCUCGUCCGGGCCGUGCACUACCCCGCGCCGCAGGUGCACUUUCCCGAGUCCCAGGUGUUCCAUACACUGCACCAGGCGGUCAAAGCAUGUGCAUCAGGUCGCACCUCCUCUUCCCUCAGGUCGCACCUCCUCUUCCCCCAGGUCGCACCUCCUCUUCCCCCAGGUCGCACCUCCUCUUCCCCCAGGUCGCACCUCCUCUUCCCCCAGGUCGCACCUCCUCUUCCCCCAGGUCGCACCUCCUCUUCCCCCAGGUCGCACCUCCUCUUCCCCCAGGUCGCACCUCCUCUUCCCCCAGGUCGCACCUCCUCUUCCCCCAGGUCGCACCUCCUCUUCCCCCAGGUCGCACCUCCUCUUCCCCCAGGUCGCACCUCCUCUUCCCCCAGGUCGCACCUCCUCUUCCCCCAGGUCGCACCUCCUCUUCCCCCAGGUCGCACCUCCUCUUCCCCCAGGUCGCACCUCCUCUUCCCCCAGGUCGCACCUCCUCUUCCCCCAGGUCGCACCUCCUCUUCCCCCAGGUCGCACCUCCUCUUCCCCCAGGUCGCACCUCCUCUUCCCCCAGGUCGCACCUCCUCUUCCCCCAGGUCGCACCUCCUCUUCCCCCAGGUCGCACCUCCUCUUCCCCCAGGUCGCACCUCCUCUUCCCCCAGGUCGCACCUCCUCUUCCCCCAGGUCGCACCUCCUCUUCCCCCAGGUCGCACCUCCUCUUCCCCCAGGUCGCACCUCCUCUUCCCCCAGGUCGCACCUCCUCUUCCCCCAGGUCGCACCUCCUCUUCCCCCAGGUCGCACCUCCUCUUCCCCCAGGUCGCACCUCCUCUUCCCCCAGGUCGCACCUCCUCUUCCCCCAGGUCGCACCUCCUCUUCCCCCAGGUCGCACCUCCUCUUCCCCCAGGUCGCACCUCCUCUUCCCCCAGGUCGCACCUCCUCUUCCCCCAGGUCGCACCUCCUCUUCCCCCAGGUCGCACCUCCUCUUCCCCCAGGUCGCACCUCCUCUUCCCCCAGGUCGCACCUCCUCUUCCCCCAGGUCGCACCUCCUCUUCCCCCAGGUCGCACCUCCUCUUCCCCCAGGUCGCACCUCCUCUUCCCCCAGGUCGCACCUCCUCUUCCCCCAGGUCGCACCUCCUCUUCCCCCAGGUCGCACCUCCUCUUCCCCCAGGUCGCACCUCCUCUUCCCCCAGGUCGCACCUCCUCUUCCCCCAGGUCGCACCUCCUCUUCCCCCAGGUCGCACCUCCUCUUCCCCCAGGUCGCACCUCCUCUUCCCCCAGGUCGCACCUCCUCUUCCCCCAGGUCGCACCUCCCCUUCCCCUCCACUUCCCCUUCCCCUCUACUUCCCCUUCCCCUCCACUUCCCCUUCCCCUCCACUUCCCCUACCCCCGCGGGUCUCUCCUCUCCUUUCUCCCAGGUCGCUCCUCCCUGUCCCCCAGGUCGCUCCCCCCCUUUCCCCCAUGUCACACUUCCCGAUUUUUCCUCACAGAGCACCUUAUCAUUCCCUCACAAUGCACUACCCCUCCCUUCACUAAGACUUCCUCUCCCCUCCAAUCCCUUUUAUUCUCUUCGCUUCCCCCCCUUGCUUCCUCUAAUUUCCCCCUUGCUUCCUCUAAUUUCCCCCCUUGCUUUCCCUACGUUCCCCCCUUGCUUCCCCUCCUUUUCCCCCCUGCUUGCCCUCAUUGGUUCCGUGAUUCGCGUCCUCACUGUUUUUCUCUUGCCUACCCACCUGUUCGCCUGUGCUUGCCCUCUCAGUGUCCUUGUCAUGUCCCCCCGUGUCCUCCUCUCCCCCCGUGUCCUCCUCUCUCCUCCUUGUCCUCCUCUCUCCCCAGUGCCCUCCCUUCUCCCUUCUCUUUCCCUCAUGUACCACCCUCCUUUCCCUUAUUUCCCCUCUCCAACCCCUCAUUUCCUAACCUCUUUCCCUCUGUUUCCCCCUUUUCUUCCCCGUUGCUCUAGGUUUUCCCCCUUGCGCCUUCAUUUCCCACAAUGCUUCCCCUCUUUCCCCCCCUGCUUCCCCCCAUUCCCCCACCUCCUUCCCCUCGUUCCCUCCCCCUCCCCUCCCCCCCCCCCCCCCCCCCUGCUCUCCCUUUCCCACCUGCGUGCCCACUCAGUUUCCGUGCUGCUUGUCCCUGUUUCUCCCGCCCCCCCGCCCUUCUCCCUUGUGAGCUUUUCUUUGCAGCAUGGAGCAACAAAGUACGAUAUGAUUUUAUUUUAG